CUCAUAUCACCUGGUCCACGCAACAAGUCGGUUAUUCCAAGUAAUUGUGGCUUCAUUUAAAGGGAAAAAUAAAUAACAUUGAAUAUGGAACCCUGCGAAAUUGAGUUUCUCGGGGAGAAGAGACUAGUCAGUAUCGUUCCCAAUUUCAAUUUCGACCCCAUUCAUUUAAUAUCUGGAAGUGUCGGGCCGUUCAGAGCGGGACUGCCGGUGAGGGUGCCCAUAUGGCUGGCUGUCAAUCUCAAACAGCGACAGAAGUGUCGAAUUGUUUGUCCCGAAUGGAUGGAGCCUGAGAAUCUCGAGGUACUGAAGGAGAAUGAAAAACUGUCGAAAGUAUUCACUGAAAUGCCUCACGACCACUAUAUGGACGAGGCCCACAUCCUCUUGGGAGCUGCCUCCGACGACAUUCCCCACGUCGAUAACAUAAGAACUGCUAUCAAGGACAUCUGGGACAUGAGGAUGUCCAAACUGCGAACCUCCAUCGACGAACUCUUCAGGGAUCACAGUGCAGUGCAUGCCAUGCUGAAUAAUCUCACAGCCAUGGAGUUGAACGGCGCGAGACCCCUUCUACCUCAUGCCAUGGAUCAACUCUUAAGGAUUCGAAUGAGUGAAGAAGCCGGAAGACGUUCCCAACCCUAUCAGGACAGUCAUCAGUCGGGUUCAUCAGGAAAUUAAGAAAAAUAAAUACAACAGACAUGAAAAAACUAAAAAUAAUGUCCUAAGUUAAAAUUUAAGAGCAACAAUUAAAUGCAUUUUCAUUAAAAAUCAUCAAUUCACUCAUGCAAUUACUAAUUCUAGGAAAAAAUGCUGAAAAUCUCAAACUUUUUUCCACAAAUUCAUUCAUUCCUCAGGUGAUUGGAGGACGAAAAAAAAAAUUCACCGUUUCAUCAAAAAAUGUCGAAUUUAUUCAUAUGUAUAAUAAACUUACGUUUCUAUCUUACAUUUUGCUUUACAUACGGUCACUAGCAUCACUCAAUCACAUAUCUAUUCGAUCAUCUCUGAUAUUUUCAUUUGUAUAAAAAUGAAAACUGUACAGGUAAUGAAAUAUACUAUUUACAUUUGGUGGA